AUGAGCCACCACCAACGCAAUUUGCUGAACGCUCUGUCGUCGGGCGACCCCUUUGAGGCCGCCGAAGUCUACUACGAGGCGAAGAACCCCAGCACGUCGCUGGCAAAGCUCCGCCUGAUGCUGAUGCGGGAAAUGCUGCUGUUGAACAAACAGGAGAUGAACCCCUAUAGGGGGAUGACCAAACCGUUGAAGCACACCGACACCAUCGCCGAGGAGCUGCUGCUGCUGCUGACGGAGGACCUCGACCAGGCGGCGAAGCAGCUCCGCGACCUCGACUUAAAGCACCCGGGCGAGCGCCGUCCACUGAUCAUCGCUUUACCGCAGGAGGAAGCGACCCCGCCGCCACCGGGUCAGCUGAUCGCUGAGGAACUGGACCUGGACGGUAACGAUAUGCUUGAAGUGGCUAGCCACAAUAAGAACCAUGUGUUCCGUUUGCGCCGGGCUCUGGUCGACCUCACCCGGCUUAAACCGCGCAAGUUCUACAUCCCCGACAUCGAUGCUACGCUUAAGGAGCUCUUGGAGAACGAGGAUACCGACCACAACUUCCAGAUUACCAUUGAAGAUACCGGUCCUAAAGUGUUUAACUUGGGUACGGUGAACUCUAAGGGGUACGUUAAGGCUCAGAUUUACGGUACUUACUUGUUGUCUAACUUACUCCAAGAAUUGACCAUCGCCAAACGGUUUGGCCGUAAGGAGAUGGUAUUGGAUGAACGCCGACUUAGCGAAAACCCAGUGAAGAGAUUACAGAGACUUAUUCAAACUCAGUUCUGGAGAUCGUUGACUCGUCAAUUGAACAAGGAUAACAUCUUGGAAAUGCUGGCCGACACUAAGAUCCUCGAGGACUAUACCGACAUCCACGGCGUCGUCCACAAGAACCAACCCACUCAUCGCAUCUACGUGCCUUAUAACCGUGAUGACCAAUACAACUACUUCAUGGCGAUUAAGAACGAUAAUCCCGAUUGGCCGUUACACGUGGAACGCCUUCCGCAAAAGAUCGACGCCGAAUACAUCAAGUCCAUCAAUGACAAGCCUGGUUUGUUAUCGUUGCUGAUGUACCCUGACCCUGAAGACCCUACCAACCUUGUUUCUCAACCGUAUGUGGUUCCCGGGGGUCGCUUCAAUGAGCAGUACGGGUGGGACUCGUACAUGGAGACCCUUGGUCUCUUGACUGAUGUCACUUCUGACCACCAAAACCACUUGCGUUUAGCCCGUGGUAUGGCGGAGAACUUCAUCUUCCAGAUCCAGCACUACGGCAAGAUCCUCAACGCCAACCGGCUGUAUUACUUGGGCCGUUCUCAGCCGCCGUUUUUGACGGAUAUGACCCUUCGUAUUUUCAACAAGACGAUGGAGGUGGCUCCCGAAAGAUACAACGACACCAUGGACUUCUUGGAACGGGCGUUGCGGGCGCUGAUCAAAGAAUACCACGAGGUGUGGGUGUGCAAGCCUCGUCUCGACGAGGCCACGGGGCUCUCGUGCUACCACCCUGAAGGGAUCGGUAUUCCUCCCGAAACUGAAGCCACCCACUUCGACUCGGUGUUGGCUCCCUACCUCAAAAAAUACAACCUCACUCGCGAAGAGUUCAUCGCCAUCUACAACGACCAGAAGAUCUACGAGCCGGCGCUCGACGAGUACUUCUUGCACGACCGUGCCGUGCGUGAGCUGGGCCAUGACACCCUGUACCGGUUGGAGGGUAAGUGCGCCCACUUGGCCACGGUGGACUUGAACUCGCUUUUGUACAAGUACGAGACCGACAUUGCGUUCAUGGUGAUGACGUUCUUCGACAACAAGUACGACUACCACGGCGAGAUCCAGACGGAAGAGAUGUGGCUCACUCGCGCCGCUCAACGCCGCGAACGCAUCAACCGCUACUUGUGGAACGAAAAGGAUCUGAUCUACUACGACUACAACGUCAAGGAAAAAGCACAAACUGGGUACGAGCUGGCGACGACGUUCUGGCCGUUGUGGGCUCAGUGUGCUACUGACGAACAGGCUAAAGCCAUGGUCACCAACACCGUGGUGAAACUUGAAGAGCUCGGUGGCUUGGCUGCCGGUACCUUGAGACUGCGUGGGGAAAUCUCCUUGGACCGCCCGUCACGUCAAUGGGACUACCCCUUCGGCUGGGCCCCUCAACAAAUCUUGGCGUGGAUCGGGCUCAUCAACUACGGGUAUGACGGCGUCGCUCGCCGCUUAGCCUACCGCUGGUUGUAUAUGAUGACCAAGGCGUUUGUCGACUACAACGGGGUGGUGGUGGAAAAGUAUAACGUCAUCGGUACCCUGGCGCCGCACAAGGUCGACGCUGAGUACGGUAACCAAGGGCUCGACUUCAAGGGGGUCGCCAACGAAGGGUUUGGCUGGGUCAACGCCCUGUACGUGUUUGGGUUGACGUUGAUGAACUUACAGGCGUUGCGGGCGUUGGGGACGAUGACGCCGCCCCCCGUUUUCCUCCGCAACUUGCAUCCUGAACAGCGGGCAUUCUUUGAGUAG